UCCACCAAUCAAAUUUCUGUGUUGCGACCACUGCUGUCACCGCAGCCAAUCGUGUUCUCAGGAAACGGAGCUUGAGGCUCAACAGCUUGUUGUUCGUAUAUUGCUUUGCAGCCCGAGCGAGAGGGGAAGCUGCUGUGUCCGUGAAUCGAUCCCAAAUCUUUCGAGCUGGACUCCCUCAAAUAGCCGAGAAGAAAUGAAGGUAGCAGACGAGCCUGCCUACCUGACAGUGGGGACUGAUGUCAGUGCCAAGUACAGAGGAGCCUUCUGUGAGGCCAAGAUCAAGACUGUUAAGCGCAUGGUGAAAGUCAAGGUGACUCUAAAAGGUGAAAGUACUUCCCAGGUAGUGCAAGACGACCAGGUCAAAGGAUCUCUGAGGGUGGGCUCCACAGUGGAGGUGAAGACCAGUGAAGGUAUAUGCAGUGAAGCUGUCAUCAGUAAGCUGACCGAUGCCAGCCUCUACACUGUGGUGUUUGACGACGGCGAUGAGAAGACUCUCCGUCGAACGUCUCUCUGUCUGAAGGGAGAGAGGCAUUUUGCAGAGAGUGAGACUCUGGAUCAGCUGCCGUUGACGAACCCAGAACAUUUUGGCACUCCAGUCAUCGGCAAGAAGUCAAACCGCGGUGGACGGCGUUCUUCUCAGGCUGUGGCCGAUGAAGACAAUGAGUCUUCAUCUAGUGAAGAUGACGAUGAGGACAGAAGGCGGCUAAAUGACGAGCUGCUGGGACAAGUCUGCAGCAUUGAAAACGAAGAAGAGUCGAGCACCUGGUUCUUGGCUCUGGUGGUGUCUCCCAGCUGUAAUGAUGAGCUGGUGGUGAAGAAGGAUCAGUGUCUGGUCAGGUCAUUCUGCAACGGCAAGUUUUACACUGUGGCCAGGAGACACGUCCACCUCGUUAGUGCCAUCAGCAUCUCUGAGUUCUCCCACAGAAGAGGUGUAGAAGGAGCCCAGAUGUUCCUGAGCAGCAAGGAGAUUCCAGAUUUGUGGAAAAUGGAUAUGAGCCAGAUCCUGGACUCGUCCUCCAGUGAAGAUGAGGAUAAUGAAGAGGAGAAGGAAAGUGAAGAGGAGCAUGAUGAUGAAGAGGAGAAGAAAAGGAAACGUAUAAAAGAAGAGCCAGAGGAGGAGCCAGAUCCAGAAGAGAGAGACCACUUCCUGCAGCAGCUCUACAAGUUCAUGGAGGACAGAGGGACUCCCAUCAACAAGCCUCCGGUGUUGGGUUACAAAGACCUUAACCUCUUCAAGCUCUACAGGUUGGUCUAUCACCUGGGAGGCUGCCACAAGAUUGAGUCUGGUACAGUGUGGAAGCAGGUUUACAUAGAUCUGGGCAUCCCUGUCCUCAACUCUGCUGCGUCCUACAAUGUCAAGACUGCCUACAAAAAGUACCUUUAUGGGUUUGAGGAGUACUGCCGCUCUGCAGCCAUUACUUUCAGAACCAUCCAUCACAACAACCCCCGCCCUCCUGCCACACCAGCCAGUCAAAAGGCAGCGGGAGCAGCGUUAACAGAGUCCUCCACACCAACGGUGACGGUGGAGACAGUUGUUGACAAACAGGAGGAGGUGGAGUCAGAGAGCGAAAGUGAGAAGGAAGACGUGAAGGAGAGACAGUCAUCCCCAAGAGGGAGGAGGAGGUGCGUGGGGAGUCGGGUGAAAGCAGAGAGAGAGACCUCCUCCAAGUUGGAUAAGAGAGGAGGACCAGGAGAAGGAGAGAACCACGAGGAGCAGCAGAGGGAGGUGAGGAGACGCAGCAACAGAAGAAAUGAUGACUCUGAGAGAGGCUCUGACGAUGACGAGGAGGAUGAGGACGAUGAAGAAGAGGAGGAGGGGGAGAGGAGGAGAGCAGACAGGAGUGAGACUGAAGAAGACGGAGACACUGUAACUGGAACGAAGGUCAGGGUGAAGUACGGAAGAGGAAAGACUCAGAAGAUUUAUGAGGCCCACAUCAAGAAGACUGACAUUGACAAUGGUGAACAGUUCUACCUGGUUCACUACUACGGCUGGAAUGUCAGGUAUGAUGAGUGGGUGAAGGCUGACCGAAUUAUAUGGCCUACAGAAAAAGCAACAAAGAGGAAGCAGAAGAAGAAGGUGAAGACCAAAGACGAGCUCGAUAAGGACGAAGAGAAGCCAGCACUGAUGGCGGCUGUCAGGCCAACUGUAGGGAAACGUGGUCGUCCUCAGAUCAGGACCACACCCAACAGCUCCACUGGGCGUAGCAAAACUUCAAGUAGCGAAGGGCUAUCCAAUUGCAGAAGCAGCAGGACUGACACUUCCAGUAUGGCCAACGGAGACGCAGACACUCCCCGGAGAAGAACCAGAAGGACUUCCGGCAUGUACGACUCGGACAGAGCAUCCAACGAGGAUUCUGGGAACUCCUCAGAUGAAAGUGAAUCAGAAGACCCUUCUGACAAAAAAAUAUCGCCAUGGCAAGGCAGAGCUGAAGUCUCACCUUCCAAGGCAGAGGAAGCAGAAGAGGAGCAGCAAGCAAGUGGGUUAGCUAAUGUCAUGGCAUCUCCUCACAGCAAUACAGCAACUUGUGCAGCAGCAGUUCAGCUGCCGGAUGCUGCCUUAGCCUUGUGUCCCAGUAUGCCUGAGGAGAACACUCAUGAAGAAUUACACCAAUCAGAGAGGAAGGAGGCAGAGCAGGGGGAGAAUCCUGCAAAGGAAGCUGCAGUGCUGCCAGCUGAUCUGGACAAAGACAACCAAAUGUCACCAGUCACAAAGACGGCGUCUGUCCAAGACGAAAACAAAACGUCUCUAAGGCAAGAAUUACUUCCAGAGAUGUGUCUGAGUAGGACCCCACCUCCUCUUCCUCCUGAAAGGGAGCAGCAGGUGCCCUCCUCUCUGCCUUCCUCCACCGAUGAGGACAACUGUACUACUCCUGCAUCCUCGCCAAGAGUGAAAGGUCGUAGGAGCAACAUCAGGGAGGCAGGCUCUGAAACACCCCCUAGAGUCCCCCUCUCCAACCCCAGCCCUGCAUCCACUGCCAGCCGCUCUCAGGCGCCAGCGUUAUCACCUUCUCCUCAUAGCGUCUUUAAGAGGCAAGACGAGCCCAUGGUAGUGCUCCACUGUCUCCCCACCCCACACCUCCUGCCUGAGGCGUCUCCUGCUGACUCGGACACUGACUCUGCCACUGAAGAGGAGGAAGCAGAGGAGAUGGAGGAGGAGGCAGAGGAGGAGACAGAGGAAAGAAGCAGCGUGGCACUCAAGCGUAAGGCAGGAGACCAAAAGACGGCAGAAAAGAAACCCCGUCCUGACAGAAGGCAGGAGGAGACCACCAAAAUGGUUGCAGGAGCUUCCCCCUUACCACUCCACUCAGAGAAGAGCAGUGAGGCAGUGGUGAUGGCAGAGGAACAGCCCCACCCAGCAGAAGAGCCACAGAAAGAGGUGUCAAAGGAGCAUCUUACAGGUGCAGCCACAAAGGUACCAGUCAUGCCUUCUGGGACAGCUUCGCUUGUUCUGGAAACCCAGGAGCCGGCAUAUACAGAGGAGCUGGAACCACAGAUGGAUCCAGAAUCACUGGUCUGCCAUGAGGUGGACCUGGAUGAUACAGAUGAGAAGGAGAAGCCCAUCCCCUCCUUGGAGCAUCACUUCCCUAUAGUCAAUGAGUUGCAACAAGCCCCUCCUCCACUCCCCCACCUCAUCCAUUCCUCCCUCCCCUCCCCUCAUACGCCUCAUUUCCCUCAGCCUCAGGCCAGGCCCUUUCUGCCAGAAGUCACUCCCAUCGAGGCGCACCAACUACGCAAGUGUGACACUGAGGAGGGGGGUGUGGUGAAGGGCGAGCAGGAGAGAGACUCGAGCCCUGGUUUCGACGGCAGUGCUUCCUCGUCCUCCACCUCUCUCUCGUUGCAGGAAAAUAAAGACAGAGGUCAGAAGAGGCUGACUGACUGUAACUCCAGCCCGUCAGCCAAGAAACAGAAACGGAACCAGAAACGACCACAAACGCCUGGGAGGGUGGAGAAGAACGGAGCAGGUCACAGUAGUGACAGCGAGGACCAGUCUCGGCUCUCGUCUCUGUCAAAGUCUCAGAAGUCUCGUCCCAGCUUUUCAUCUCCGUCUUCUCACAAACAAGACAAACAGAGCUUCUCCACCCCUCAACGCACCUACAAGUGGACCUUCCAACUUGAUGAGCUGGACAGCAUGUCAAGCACAGAAAGGAUCUCGUUCCUCCAGGAAAAGCUGCAAGAGAUCAGAAAGUACUACAUGACCCUGAAGUCUGAGGUUGCGUCUAUUGACAGACGCAGGAAAAGACUAAAAAAGAAGGAAAGAGAAGUGUCCAACACAAUGGCAUCCACCUCAUCAGGUUCCUCAGACACUGGUAUGAGUCCGUCAUCGGCCUCGCCCACUCAGAACACUGUGGUUGUGGAGUGCAGGUGAUGACACGCCCACCCAGGCCUACUCAUCCAGCUUGUUCCCUCUCACCACAGAUUCCACCCAGUGUCUGCUCUGAGGGCACGAUAAGACAAAAACUUUACAAAACUCCAUCCACUUUGUUCCUGUGAGUGUCGACUCGUACUGUUGGAAUCUCAUCACUCCAUCAGUUAUGGCCCACGGGCGCCGUCCCCACACCUACGGACUCGAUUCCUGUCUAAGGAAACAUGAGGAACUUUCUGUUAGCCACCACAGAGCUCCUUCUUUGGUUUGUUUUUAUUUUAUUUCCCUCCCUCCACUUUGCUCUUGUGCUUUUCCCCCCCUCCCCUGUUUGGUCUGGUUGCAGGGGUCAGAGGUCACGGGUUUGUAGGAAUUAUUUAAGGUGGAACAGAUUCGUGAAGCUGUUGAUGCACACAUCUCUACUGCAUAUGUUCUCUAGAAAACUGUCCUCACUUUCUGCCCUGAGUGUUUUUGGUCUCUUUUAAAUGGAAUUAGAGCUUUUAUUUUGGUUAAGCACAGAAAAAUGUUUGAUUUUUACAGCAGA